CAAACGCAGAAGCGGAGACAGACCGAGUCUGGAAGCUUCCCCAAGCAGCUUCUUCUCAUGCACAGAUCCGCUGUGCCCUGACUUCUCACCUGCUCAAGUAAGAUGGAGUCGGUCUCCUUUGAGGACGUGGCCGUGAACUUCACGCGGGCCGAGUGGGCUUUGCUGGAUCCGGCCCAGAGGCGCCUGUACAGAGACGUGAUGCUGGAGGCCUGCAGGCACCUGGCCUUCGUGGAGGUUUUUGCUCGUGGAAAAGCCAGUGGUGCUGUAGGGGGUGACGUUAAAUUAUUGAUCAUUGAAGACAGCACCGAGAACCUCAUUCGCCACGAUCCCUCCAAUGGUUUUGGAGAGAAGCGGAUGUUUCCUGACGCUGGUGACGAGAAAGAUACGCAGAAGCAGGAACAGGAAUGCAUAUCACUGGACAGUCUCGGUGACAGCCACAAAGCUCCCGAGGGUGCUGGAGAGACCCGGAGGAGUACUCAAAGAUUCUCUGAACCCCAAAGUCCUGUUGCCGCCUCUCCUGUGGAAUGUUCUUCCCCCCAGCAACCCCCGUCACCGCCCCGCGACUCUCCUCCAGACCUGGCUCAGGGGGCCGUCUGCUGCCCAGCCGGCCAGGAGACCCCCUCUCUCAACCCGGAUACCCCUCAGCGACGCCGUCGGCGACCCAAUAUCCCGAGACCGAAACCAACGUCCCACGACUGCAAAGUGUGUGGGGAGACCUUCAGUGUCGCCAACCUACUGACGCGUCACAUCCGGGAGAACCACAAGGAGACGCCGUACGUGUGCGAGCUCUGCGGGAAGGGCUUCCGCUUCCCCUCGUACCUGCAGGCUCACACGGAGACCCACACUGACAUCGAGAAGCCCUUUAAGUGCCCCGAGUGCCCCCAGAGUUUCAGGUACCCCUGUAAGCUGCGCGCCCACGCCAGGGUACACAUGGAGGUCAAGCCCUUUGGCUGUAAGGAGUGUGGGAAAAGCUUCAUGUCUAGCUGGAAGCUGCGUCGGCACAGCUGGAUCCACUCCGGGGAGAGGCCCUACGACUGCCCCGAGUGCGGGAAGGCGUUCCACGAGAGCUACUUGCUAGCCAAGCACAUGCGUAUUCACACGGGCGAGCUGCCUUACACCUGCACACAGUGCGGGAGAGGUUUCCGCUGGCUUGACAGCCUCCAGAUCCACCAGGUGACACACACGAGCCUGAGUCCCUUCCAGUGCCCCGAGUGCGGCAAGGCCUACCGCUGCCGCUCCUACUUCAGAGUCCACCUAAAGACCCACCAGGCCGCCCAGCCCCUCAAAUGAGGGGAGGGGGGCAGAGUCUUCAGCCACCCCAAGGUCUUCCGCCAGCACUCUUAGGGGGCACCAUGAGGGGCAGCCGUUCGUGUGCCACUGCGAGCAGGGGUUCGACCGGACUGCAGCCCUGCACCGGCACGUCCGCCGGACCCACACGCCGGGGAGAAGCUCUGAACCCAUCUCCUGCCCUAUUCCGGGAUUGUCACCCUGUCCCCCACCAGCCUGCGGGGAAAGAGACCUCGGGGGUGCAGAGAGCAUUUGGGUCGAACCCCGUACCUCAAUUUCUCUCACCCCCCAAAAGUCAGGGUAAAGCUAUUUCUUUUUUAAAUUAAUUGAGGCUACAACUGAUGAGUGAUGGUCAGGACGGACUUGAGGUUCUGCUCCCAGGAAUCACUCGUGGUGGUUCUCAUGGGACCCUCUGGGAUGCUGGGAUCGAACAUGGGUCAGCCACAUGCAAGGCCUGCCCCCUCCCCUCUGUGCUAUGCUCUUCCCCCGGAUACUGUAGUCUUGCUUUUGUGACGUCCCUGGUGUCUGUGGAUCCUGUCCUAGGAGGGAACUUUUGGGGAAUUACGUUCAAGUGACAGUAUGUUUCACGUGUCUUUGGAGGCCACACCUUGUGCUGCUCUGGGCAGAUUCCUGGCUCUGCAAUCAGAGGUCAGUCCUGUUGGGCUCAGGGGUCCCAUGCUAUGUCCUGGUCCCCCUGAAUCAGCUACUGCAUGGCCAGCGCCCUCCUCUUCACCAUGGCUCCGGCUCUGAAGUUCUAUUUUAUUUUAGCUGCUAUCUGAUUUCCACUACUGUUCCAGGUAGGGUUUAUAAGCAUCAGGUAUUUCAGAGAUUUU